UUUCGCAACAUCAACAUACGCGUGCUGAAUACAGCUAUUAUUAACGAUCUGCUGAUUGUUUGUGUAUUCUCUUCUCUCGAGGAUUGUUAAGAAACUGACAAGUUGAUGUCAACCAGUAUUUCAUUAAAUGUGUUGAUUGGACAAGCACCAAUCACUACUGAAGGAUGGCAUGAAUAGGAAAGUUAAGAGUUACAAACGCAAGUCAAAUCAUCGCAGUGAUUCCAGUUCCGGCUAUUGGCAGCUCCAGUUGGACCGCGACUUGGUGGACACCAUCUCCUCGAUAUACCCCGAGUGGUUCAGGAACAACAUGGCGGAGGGAGGAGGCCCUCCUUCCAGCCCCCGGACUUCCCCUCCGAAAGCGGUCGUCGACACAUCGCCCAUCAUGAUCGACCAAAACAAAGAAUCCCUGAAGGUGAAGUUGCUGCUGCGUCGGCCGUUCGACCAGCUGGUCGCCCAAGGAAUCAUGCCCCCACACAAGACACCCGCCGCCUUUCAUGGCCAGCGCCGUCAACUGGAACGGGCGAAGACCGGCGACAUGCUAAAAGCGAAAAUCCAGCAGCGCCCGCCUCGGCAAGAGCUCGAACGGCGCCAUAUCCUCGAAAUCGACCCUAGUCACGUGGACCCGAGCAUAGCCGAGCGGCAACGCAUGCUCAAGAAGGCCAAACUGGCCGAUCAGCUCAACGACCAGCUUUCGCAUCGGCCCGGCCCGCUCGAACUCAUCCAGAAGAAUAUUCUACAUACCGAGGAGCCCAUCGAGGAGGCGGUCAAGACCGGCCGAAUCCCGUACAAGGCGACCUGCGAGGGCCAGCUCCACAGGCCACAGCUGCCCUCAAACUACGUCAACCCCGAGGAGGACUCGCAGAGCUCCGAAGGUGACACCCGCGUCAGCCCGAGUCCGACAGAUGUGCUGGAGACAGCGGCCAAAUCGGCAGGUAUAGUAGUCUCCUUGAUACAACCGACGGAAGGGACGUUUGUCGUAACGACAGCAACCGCGCCCAAAGACAAUACCGAAAUCGUGUUCGCGGACCUUUGCAGAUCCGUCGCCGCGCCCCUGAUCUCGGCGACAAGCCCCGCCUCUCUCUGCACUUCCUCUACAUCCUCCCUGAGUCCCCUCUCGUCCGUCGCUAGUCCGGUGCCUUCGAUCGUAUCCCAACCGGCGACGCCGGCGCCCCCUCCACCGCCCCCACCUAUCUCCCUCAUAACCAGAACCCUGCCCUCGCCCGCCAAGAGCGAAUCCUCCGGCAAGGAUAAAAGCAGGAAGAAAUCCAAGCUGAAGUCCGUCCCGAAGACACGCACCAUCAAAUUCCACGAGUACAAAGGCCCGCCAAGCGCCCACAAGACUUCCGCUUCCAGCUUGAACCCCGAAGAGAGCUCGUACGACCUGCUGCUGAAACAGCAGACGCUGCUGCUGCAGUUCCAGCUCCAGCUGCAGCACAAGUACCCGCAGAUCAUCUUGCCGGCCUCGCAGAAAGCCAACGUUGCCGAGAACAACAACAACGGCAGCAACAGCCACUUGAACGUCCAGCAGCCGUCUCCAGCCCCGUCGACUUCUUCAGAGUCCUCGACUGCUGCUAGGAUCACCGGCAGACUAGAGGACAUGAAGGUCAGCGAUUUGAAGGCCGAACUGAAGCGGCGCAGCUUGCCCGUUUCCGGCUCGAAGCCGCAGCUGAUAGAGAGACUGAAACCGUUCGCGGCGGGUGACGUUGUCAACCAAAACCCCGCCUCUAUAGACUCUUCUGCACACAGCAAUGCCAGCGUGGAUCAGUCGCAUAACUCGCCUGUCUACCAGGACAUAGACUCGCCCUAUGACACCACCAAGGACGAACAAACCGAGCACAUGGAACUCGACCCGACGAGCCCUUCGCCUCAGCAGAUUCACGAGCAAUUCGUUCAGAACCAAGAGCAGAAAGCCAAGGAGGACAUCGUACGCGAGCAGCAGAGACAGAUCGAGGUGCUCCAGAGAGAGUUAACUCUGUCACAGUUGAAACUGCAGGCCGCGACGAGGUCCGAGCCGAAGGCGCAGAUGAUCGCACUGCAGAAGCACCUGCAGGCCCGGCAACAGCAGCAACAGCAACGGCAACAACAAUUGCAGCAGCAACAACAACAGCAGCAGCAACAGCAACAACAGCAGCAGCAGCAGAACUUCGCUCUGCAAAUGAAGCAGCUGCAGGCGCUGCAAGCGAGGCAAGCACUCGUGAACGAAGAGCAGCAAAGGAUACAGCAGCAGAUCUCGUUGCAAAACCAGAAGAAUAUCGCCGGCGGAUUGAUUUUGAAUAGCGCUGACGCGGCUCUCGUCUUCAACCAGUUGAUGCAGCAGGGCAAGGCGAAAAUUCUCAACGGGCACGGCAGGAGCCAGUCGUCGCCAAAUUUCCUCAAUUCGAUAGUAACCCCACUGAUUACCGCCCCAGAUGUCAAAGCGGACUACAUAGAGGAUCACAAGCCGACUCCCGAGAUCAAAAUCGAGUUCCGGGAUCAGAUGAAGCCGCCCCCGCCACAGUACAACGAAGCCACCAAGCAGAUGAAUAAGAAGAACCACAUCAAGAGUCAAAUCGUCGACGACGUCUUGGAGAUUUUAAUAAAGAACGGUGAACUGCCCCCGAGUGCUGCCAAUGAUCCCCUGACGCCAAACUCGGCAGGUACCAAGUCCACCGAACCUAUCUAUCCUUCUUCUCCGCCUAGCGACAACCACAAUAACCGCAUCGAAACCCACGUCGACAUCAACGAUGCUCUGGACAACAUCCACGCAAGUCACAACAACGAAUCGAUGGAGGAGCCUGACAGCUCGGAAACCGCUCUGGAGAUAGACCCGACUGACCUGCUCGAAACGUUGGAUAAUCUCGAUAACAUGGACUUCUCGCAGCUGGUCAUGGAGCUCGGCGGUUGCCACACCCCCGUCGAUAACAACAACUACCAUGGGGAACCGAUGAUGGACGACGAUAUGGCUAUGGACACCGACGACUGGCUGGAAUCGCUGCUCCCCAGCGAGAGCUCCGAGUAUAACGGCAACAACGGCGUUUCCACCACCACCGCGCCGUUAGCUGUCCCUGAGAGCGAUCUAAGCGGAUACGAUCCUUUGUUAGGCAUCGCGCACGACCCCUACGAUCCUUUCAAUCUGGAAGACUUCCGAUCUGCGUCUGAUCUGACGGCCGCGCUCUCCUGGGACAAGGUUGACUACGCCACGUGAUGCGCCUCGUACCAAACACUUCAGGCGCGUUGAGCCAUACAUCGGGCUUAUUGAGUCCACACCGUGCGUGUUGAGCGUAAAUCGAAUGCGUUGAGCCGUAAAUACAACGGGUUGAGCGUGAUAAACUUGACGCACCACCAUCUCACGCGUGCUCAAAUUGAAUCACCUUCUAUCCCUGCGCGAUAUGCUCACAAUGCGGUGAGACUAACCUAAAAGCGGUUGAGUCUUCCAUUUAUAUGUGUAUGCGUCAAAUCUGGUACGCGUAUGAUGCGCGUUGAGUUUCCGAACGUGUGCGCGAUACAUUUGGUGUUACUGUGAAAUGUGUGGGGCUGCUUAUUCCAAUGAUGUGAAAUUCCGCUCGGUUAUUGAUUGACAUUCCACAAGAUGGCCGCCGAAAUCGCCUCCUUUGGAGAGGCGCGGGACCAGGGCGGCCCAAUCGGCCAGGGAACACAUCAGCAUAUGAAACUAUUGUAAUAUUUAUUGUACAUAUAUAUAUUUAUAGAUACACGUGCCGUAAGAUAUACGGUGUGUCGCGAGAAGCUGGUAAACGAAAUGUCGAAAUGUUUGGUUUUUAUAUUUAUAUAUUGUUGUGAGGGGGGGGUUCGGUGCUAUUGUCUGUAGGGGAUGUUUGUGAAAGGACACUUGUACAAGUGAGGCGUUUUGCUGAGGUAUAUAUUUCGAGUGGUUCGACUCGACUGGCUGUUGUUCCUAGAGCAAACGUUUCGAUGGGUUACUGAUUGGUAAUACUUUUUGUUUGCCGGUUCUCGCGGCCCAAAACUUAUUAUACUUAAUCUAUUGUUUAGUUGUAGGUAUUUAGGACCUAAUGAAUUUGUAAAUAUAUUCAAAUUUUUGACUUUGA